UGUUGUUCAUCAUCAACAAUUUGCUGAUCAUCAUCUCACAAUCACAUUUUCCAUUAAUCGUUAAUCUUUUUUUGUUAUGAUUUCAUCAAUGGCCAGUAAAUUGAUUCCUGUAUAUAAUGUUAAUGGGAAGGUUAACAGUAAAGCUGUUAAAUUAGCCUGUGAUUUAAUUACCAAUGGAGGUGUAAUCGGUGUACCUACGGACACAAUUUAUGGAAUCCUUGGUUUAGCUCAAAAAUCUUCGGUUGUCUCUCGUAUUUAUACAAUUAAAGGUCGUUCCAAUUGUAAACCAUUGGCAAUUUGUUUAUCUUCUGUUGAACAAUUAACUCAAUGGUCUCUAGUCAAUUAUCCAUUGACUGUAUCAAAUUUACUUUUAUCAACCUUAUUACCUGGACCAUAUACCCUAAUAUUUGAAAGAUCAUCUUCACUUAAUCCAUCUCUUAAUCCGGAUACAUCUUCAAUUGGUAUUCGUAUUCCAAAUGAUCCAUUUAUCCUUUCAAUUGUUUCAUCUUUGGGUCAACCAUUAGCCCUAACAAGUGCCAAUAUUAGUAAUCAACAAAGUAGCAUCUCUGUAAAUGAAUUUAAUUCACUUUGGCCUCAUCUUGAUGCAGUUUUUGAUGGUGGACAAUUAAACCAAGAUCCAGAUAGAUUAGGGUCAACUGUAAUUGAUUUAACGGUCAAAGGAAGGUACAAAAUAAUUCGUCCAGGAUGUGCACACAUAAAAGCCAUGAAAAUUUUAGAAAAUCAAUUUAAUCUCAAGCAAAGACAAGACUAAAUUAAUUGUAAUUUUCUAUCUUUCACUCUCUCCCCGUUGUUGGUUUUUUCUUCCAAUGAUAAUAAUAAUGUAAUUAUUGCUCACUCACAUUCAAUAUAUUCUAUACAAAAAGAAAUGAAAACAAAGAGAAAACUUGAUUGUAUUUGAUCAUAAA